AUGCUUCCUCAACCUGCCGGGUCCGUGGACCUCCCCACACGCCCAGCUCCUCCUCACCGAGCCACACUUGCAACACCGCUGGUGAGACCCAAUCCACGACGGAGUCACACGCCAAAGCCGCGGUCGCACCGGUCCAGAACACCGGCCCAUGCGGCAGCCGUCGAGGUCCAGGUCGGCUUCUUCCCCAAGGCAUCGUCCCAAGAUGCGGACGUUGCGACCGGCGGCGUCCCCGAUGACCAGUCCGGCGUAUUCAAGCUAGGUCCACACAGCAACGUGGGCCUGCCUCGUCCUCAGAGGUCACCGCGUGUCCGGCCCUGUGACAUCGUUCAGCAGGCACUGGAGCGGGGGAUCCUCGUCGGAAACAACCGACGAAGCCACGAGCGCUCGUCCGUUCACGCGGCAUUUUUUGACGAUGAUCUGAUCUGGGAGACGUCCCCGGGCCUAGCCGACCAACCCGAAGAGCUACUCAAGCCAAAAGACUCCCUUUCCAAGUCGUUCAAGCCCCAUAGCCCAGGGAGGCGGAACCGCGACAAGCAGAGCCCCUCUCAACCGCCUCCCAAGGAUAAUGCCAACCUCACAGAGGUUAUCAGCAAUAAGAUCCUGCUCAAAUACUUCUCGACCACCUUGGACAAGGUAGACUCCCCUCUGGAGAUUUGGAAUGUCGUCAAGAAAUGCACCGAUGAGAUCGCCGCCUUGACUGGGACGGCGCCGAGUCUUCGCCCGAAGACGAGCCGGAACUCUGCUUCGAAGCCAUCGGACAUCCCAUACCCCCUCGCGGAGCAGAGAGACUCGGGCGUGGAGCUCACACCUAAAGACCACCAAUCACAGUCGCCUGUCAAGGGAUGGCCAGAGGCUCGCCCCCGGUCCAACAGUAGUAGUUAUGAUAGUGGCUUCCACAGCGACCGCAAAUCGGUCAGUCCGGAACGACAAUACACCGCCAAGACUGAAGACCAAGAUGCCUCCGGGGUGACGAGCCGUGGACUCGGAACGGGUGGCUUCGCGUCUCAUGCUGGGGAAGCCGGCAGUUCCAAUCCUAUCUCGUUCUCUCGCCCACGUCGCAAACGCAAUGCUCGUGAGACCGGCGGCGAUGACAGCUCCCAGGAUGAAGGGGAUUCAGAUGCUGGCGACGAUCGAGGGAAACCUCCCUUUGACCAUGACCGGGCCAAGCACAAGAAGACUCGAUUGACGGAGCCCGAGUCCAAUCUCAGUUGCCCGUUUAGGAAACGCAACCCGCUGAGGUUUAACAUCCGGGAUCACCACCCUUGUGCGGGACAAGGCUUCCCUAACAUGGCCGUGCUCAAGCGACAUAUCCGGACUUUCCACAAGCGAGAACAAGCACUACACAUAUGUGUCCGGUGCCAGCAAGGCUUCUCCACACCCGAUGCUCUAACGAACCAUCUCAACGUGCCCAUUGACGAAAUGUGUGCAUCGAGGCCGGUCCAGCCAGGAGGUGACCCUGAGGAUGGCAUCACUCACAAGGUCGAGAACUCUCUCAUCGAACGCAAGGCCUCAUCCAAGGUGGACAACUGGGAAGGUUUGUGGAAGAAGCUGUUCCCUUUUGACCAGGACGUCCCGGAGCCAGGUAAGUCCGGUCGACACAUGACCAAACCUCCAUAUCCGGAAUGUUCACUCACCCUUGUGUUCCGCACAGACUUUGAGCCACCAAUCGAACUCGACGAGGUUUAUGUUGAGUUCCGCACGGUGCUACCUCGCCUUAUCUACACUCUACAAGAGCAGACCUCGACUGCACUUCAGCGCCACGGCCCUCAUCACUCACUCCAGCAUGUUUUUGAGCCCAUCUGCGAUAACUUCGUGGAGCACACCUUCUCCCACUGCCGCAGAUCAUUGGCCAAGAACCCACGGCGGUAUAUGCGACCAAAGAAGGAACAGCCGCAGCAGCAGGGUGAGCAAACGGCCAACCCGUCGCACAAGCUGGCUAUGCAGCAACAGUAUGCUCAGAUAGCACCGUGCCCCUCCUCGUCAAGUCAAAGUGUUUCGCCUUUUCCCCCUAGAGCAAGUAGAGGAGACCAUAUACCAACACCCACAUCACUCACCCAGGACCAUUACCCGGCCGUCGAGCCCAUCUCCAGGCCAAAGACAGCCUUUCGAGAGAUCCCUGGGCCUAUUCCCUCCUCCUCCAGCCUAGAUAUCUUGGGCAAUACUGUGCUGCUGUCUCGCCCAGACACAUUGCAGCACAGUAUGCCCGACGAUCCGAACCUGAUUCAGACAGACUCGGCGAUAGACCUGUCGACCAUCGACUCUAGAGACUCGCAGUUUGACGACAAGUGCGGGCUAUGCGUGCAAGCAAAGAUGCUGCAGAACUCCCUGGUCGUUACUAUCCUUUCCGCCUUGCUCGUGGGUGCAAGGGCCGGGCCAGUCGAGAAGCGAGCUCCUCACCAACCUACUCGUAAUGGCAUUUAUCCCCUCGAUAUCGUGGAUAAACUCGAGGAGGCUACCAUGCCCAAGGUCGAAGAAUGGCUGAAGAAGAAAUCGAACAACACCUGCACUCUUGAGAGUGCAGCUGUGCGACGAGAAUGUCUGGCUGACAAUAUCAACAACAGGAGUGACCUGUCUGUUCCUGAGAGAGAGGAGUAUAUCAAGGCUGUCCUGUGCCUGCAGUCUAAGCCACCCAAGGUUCCCAAGGACAAGUUUCCUGGUGCCCUGAGCCGUUAUGAUGACUUUGUCGCCAUCCACAUGACCCAGGCUAUGAUGCUUCAUGAUCCGCAACAUCUUUUCGCCAGCCACAGGUACUUCGUGUGGCUGUACGAGAAGGCUCUUCGCGAGGAGUGUGGCUAUACCGGAUACCAGCCUUACAUGAACUACGAUCGCUACGCCAACGAUCCUAUCAACUCGCCCAUGUUUAACGGCAACGCUUCGAGUAUGGGAGGCAAUGGGGCACCGAGCAACUACCGGGGUAUAUACCAACCUUUCCGCCCACCGUAUAACAUCAUCCCGUCCGCAGGGGGAGGUGGCUGUGUUACAGAGGGCCCGUUCAAGGACAUGAUCGUCAGCCUGGGUCCGAAGGCUACUGUCGUCAACGACAUCCCAAAGAACCCUCGCUCCGACGGCCUGGGCUCCAACCCUCGAUGUCUCCGCCGCGAUGUUAACAAGAACUCGAUUCUUGGCGCGACCGCCAAUUACACUUAUUCACUCAUCACUGAGUACACGGACGUCGACAGUUUCUACAACAGAUACCUGGGCCAACCACCACUAAAGAAUGAUCCUCACCCGUGGGGGCUUCACAAUGCUGGUCAUUUCACGAUCGGAGGUGAUCCGGGAGGUGACUUCUACGCCUCUCCCGGUGAUCCCGCCUUCUGGUUCCAUCACGGCAUGCUUGACCGCGUUUGGUGGAUCUGGCAGAUGCAGGACCCCGAGAACCGCGUCAACCUUAUCCCGGGCGGUGGUGCUAUGCCGAUGGGGCCGAUGAGACGCGAGGCUCCUAUCAGGCGCGCCGACACUCCCGUUGGCGACAUGGUCGUCGACCUGAAGUACAUUGCCCCGCCUGUGCAGCUUAAGAAGCUGAAUGAUAACCUCGGCGGCAAUGAUGGUCAGUUUUGUUAUUACUAUGUCUAA